AUGCCUGGAAACAAGAGGUCCAAGAGCAAAGCGGGCGGCUGUCCAUCUUUGCGUGGGGGAAGAGAAGACACGUGGCUGCAGGAACCACAGAGGAAGAGGAGGCAGCUUCAGACAGGGGGUACCAUCAGCCACAUGUACCAUGUGGCUGGUGGUGUGGAGCCCAUGGAGGUUGAUGGGAUACUGUGCCUGGCCGACAUUCUUACUGAUAACACGCAUUCUGAAGCUACUCAUGCAGAAGCAGCGGCAGUAAUUGCACAGAUCACAUCUCCGCAUCUCACGUUCACUCAGCAUCUCAGCAGCUUUCUGGAAAAUAUGGAAGAAAUUGUAACAGCACUUGUCAAACUGUGCCAAGAAGCCUCGUCUGGUGAAGUUUUCCUGCUGGCUUCAGCAGCUCUUGCCAAUAUUACUUUCUUUGAUACCAUGGCUUGUGAAAUACUGCUCCAGUUAAAUGCAAUGAAGAUUCUUCUAGCAGCAUGUUCAGAUAAACACAUAGUGGAUACUCCAUAUUCCCGAGAUCAGGUGGUAACAAUAUUGGCAAACAUGUCUGUCUUAGACCAGUGUGCUUCAGAAAUCAUUCAAGGAAAUGGUGUUCAACUUUUAAUGGAAAUGCUCUUUGAAAGAUCAUCUUCAGGAAAUUCAGCAGAAGUUGCUGCUUGUGAGCGAGUCCAACAGAAAUCUGCAGUUACACUGGCACGACUCAGCCGAGAUCCUGAAGUGGCAGAUGCAGCUGUAAAACUCAGCUGUAUUCCUCGCCUAAUUAAACUUUGCAGAUCACCAACUGAAAGAAAUAACAGUGAUUCUGUUUUAGUGGCAUGUCUGGCAGCCUUACGGAGACUAGCAGUUAUGAGUCCUGAUGGACUUGAAGAUUCAGAUUUUCAGCAGCUAGUAAAGCCCAGACUUGUGGAUUCCUUUCUGCUAUGCACAAAUAUGGAAGAGAGCUUUGUAUAAAUGUGAGCCAAAAACCUUUGAAAAAUAAUCAAGAUGAUAGGUAUACAAUCAGAUAACACAUAUACAAUUUUAUUUAGUUUUAGUCCUAUUGUUAUUUAUGACUUAUUUAUUUUAAAAACACGAACAUGUUGUUUGUAGGAGCAAAGAAACAGAAU